CCUCGCUCCACAAGAACUUUCCCUAGUUUUGAAAGCUUCAAGCACUCCCUAAGAAGGACUCUACUGAUAUGCUGGCUGAGCAUCAUGGGAAGUUCCAAAACCUCUGGAGGGCCAAGUUUGAUGAUGUCUGGACUAGUCUAUGGAUGUAUUUGACUACAGAUUUUGUGAAAUUAAAGAGCAUGGGCAAAAAUGGCGCUCCUUCCCUGAGUUUCUCACCUGUACAAACAUUUCCAGUAAUCAUGCGGCCACAGAGAUCCCCUUCCCGCAGGAAAUCGCGCACCCCCAAGAAGGUGACAGUCCCUCAACCUCCAAGAACAAGUCCCAGGAGUCAACGACGAGAAGAAGCAAGGGCUGGGGGAGAAACUAGCCGGAGAGCGAGCACUACUCGUCGGCACCGAUACCGGCCGGGCACACGCGCUCUCAUGGAAAUCCGCAAGUAUCAGAAGUCCACUGAGCUGCUUCUUCGUAAAGCCCCUUUUUCUAGGCUGGUUCGGGAGGUCUGUAUGGUGUAUACUCACGGCCUGAGUUAUAGCUGGCAGUCAAUGGCUCUCAUGGCUCUACAGGAGGCGGCAGAAGCUUUCCUUGUCCGCCUCUUCGAAGACGCAUAUCUGUGUAGCAUUCACGCCAAGAGAGUCACCCUCUACGUUCAGGACAUCCAGCUGGCCAGGCGCAUACGGGGGAUUAACGAUGGGUUGGGGUGACGCCCUUCUGUUUCUGGGCACAAGCCUCAUACGUAUUACAUCAUCAAAUACCUAUAAUCCCAUGACAUAAGGACGUAUAUACUGCAAGUUUUAGACAUUACUAGGGUCUAAAACAAGGACUCACAGAAGAGGUUUUUUUGUUGUAUAUAAUUGGGGUUGACUGAGUCUGGGGAUAACUUCUCUCUUUUUAUAUUAACCAGGAACCACUGGUAAUAAUAUCUACUAAAUAUAUUUUUAUUUUUUAAGUCUGAAUCCCUUUAAAUCCCAAAUUCAUAAGAUGAAAUAUAUAUUAUUAAAAAGAGCAUUUUGACGCAAAUAUUUAAAGUUUGUAUCAAUCACAGCAUGUUCUUUUUAUAAGUUUAUCUUGCUAACCAUGUGAUUAACCUCGCAAAAAAUGUUAAACUCCUAAGCAAGACCUGGCCAAUGAUUGGCAGGUACCUGUGUAUGCUGCAUCCUCAUUGGCUCACAGCUUGUGUUCUGUUCAGAAAGUGCAAUCGCAUUCAAGGAGGUCUUUAGCUGGAAGUUAACUUCCUUGUAUGGGUUAAUCACAGUUAGAAAUUAGUCUAACGCGUUUCACUUUUGCUUGAUGCUAUCCCCUUUAAAUAUAUAGUGUAUAAAAUGUUUUACCCUUCUAUGGCAAUGCAAUUGGUGCAAAUUGACAUAUGAAUGCAGCAUAUACAAGAUGGCGGCUGGCUGGUGGUAUUUCCAUUAUUUACGCAAUUAUUAACAUAAUGUUUUAUACUCCAGAAAUAAUGUUGUUAUAAUAGUAAAGGCCUCACUGUUACUAAAUGUAUUGGUAUAAUCUCUUCUGGAGUGAAAUGCAAUCGUUUUUAAUGAGUUUUUAUGUAUAAAUAUGUAUAUAUAUCUUUCUAAUCAUAUCAUUCAUUUUACCUUUGCUAACCUUUUUGUAAGACAAGAAUAUGCCCGAUUUUUAUUUAAAUUUCAAACAAAAAACAUUCUCUUGCAAGACCAAUAUUUUGUAGCAUCAGUGUUAAUGUUAUGUUUUUAAUAUUGUACAAUAAAAUGUAAUCAAACAGG